AGGCGCGGUGCGAGUGGGACCUCAUGGAGGUCCUCCGCCGCAAGGGCAGCGCCCACGCGGCCGAGGUCUUGAGGGCCCACCGCGAGAGCCACGUGACCAAGGCGGACUUCCAGCGCAUCAAGGACUUCGGGAUGAACGCCGUGCGGUUGCCGUUCGGCCACUGGUGCCUCUUCGGCCCUGCCGCCGGGGAGCCCUACGUGGGCCCCUGCGUCGAAUACAUCGACAGGGCCGUGGGCUGGGCCGAGGAGGUCGGGCUGCAGGUGAUGCUGGACUUGCACGGCUGCCCCGGCGGCGAGAGCGGGGAGGCGCCCUGCGGCCGCCGCCAGCGCCCCCACGGCACGUGGACCUGGCGCUCGUGGCGCGUGCGGCAGUCGCUGGAGGCGGCCCUCCGCAGGCGGUACUGCGGCCGCAGCUGCGUCACGGGCCUCAGCGUGUGCAACGAGCCCUCCAAUGAGAUCCCGCUGGCCAGGCUCCUGAAGUACUACGACGACGCGUGCGGCGUCGUGCGCAGCAGCGGGAUGGCGGCCAGCAAGGUCGCAGUGGUGCUGCCCUGCUUCCAGCGGGACGAGGAGACGGUGGCCCGCGACUGGCAGGCGAUGACCGGGGGCAGGCACAAAAACAUCUGCUUCGACGUGCACUGCUACCACUGUUUCGAGAACGCGUUCAUGGGCAUGAGCUUCGCGGAGCAGCUCCGGGCCGUGGAGUCGAACGCCGAGAUGCUCCGCACCUACCCCAUGGUGGUCGGCGAGUGGAGCCUAGCGCUCGGGUGCGCCACGUGGAACACAUGCGGGGACAUGGCGGAGGACGAUGUAUACACGAGGUUCGCGGCCGCCCAGCUGCGCGCCUUCCGCGAGGCGUCCCACGGCUUCUUCUUCUGGAACUGGACCGAGGGGCCCGAUAAGGAGUGGAACUACCAGCUGGCCCGCGAGCUGGGGCUCUUCGACGGCGUCGCGCCCCCCGUGCCGCGCUGGAACGGCACCGGCGAGGACCCCCUGGAGCAGCAGCUGCACCCCUACGACGGGGACGCCCGCAUCCGGUACGGCGACGCCGUCUACCUGCGGGUGUUCCACGGCAGGUGCAUCGACGUGGUGGGCGCGAGCGUGGCGGCGCGCUGGCCCGACAAGGACGACUGGCAGGAGUUCGCGUUCUGCCCCGCUGCCCCCGCGGCGCCGCCCCUCAAGGGCGUGGGGAAGCAGGUGCGGGCAAACGACAUCGUGCGGCUCCGCGCCAAGAACGGCCGCUACCUCACCAUGGCAAAGGGCGCCGUCUCGGCGCAGAGGUCAGCCACCGGAAGGGACUCCGAGUUCGUGCUGCACCUCAAGCACGGCGGCGGUGGCCUGAGCCACCGCGGGGUCAUCUACCUGCAGAGCAGGGACGGUCGGAGGGUGCUCGGCGCCGAGGAGGAGGAAGAGACCCUGCAGGGCAACUGGAACGACUUCGGCUGGUGGCAACAGCUGGUCGUGGACAAGGCGCCCGCGGCCGAGCAGCCGUCCCCGAGCCCCGCCGCGGAGAGCCCCGCGGCCCAGGCGCGGCGCGGCGGCGUGGCCGCGGCGCCGAGCCCCGCGGCGAGGACGCCGGCGGCGAAGGCCCGGCGGAGGCCCAGCACCGCGGGCUUGGGGCCAACGCCGGCCGGGAAGGGGUCCAGCGGCAAGCGCAAGGCCCCCGGCGCCGCGAAGUCCGGCUCUCCACGGAAGCGGGCUCGCCCGGCAGCGGCCGCCACUUCCCCGAGCGCCCGCCGCUGACCCUGGCGCCCGAAAUACUGCUGAACCUCCUCUGCUGAUUGGAAUGUCUGCGCGAGUGCCCUGUCGGGAGCCGCUCAGUCGUGUCGUGGCGCUUGGGCGUUCCAUUUGUGGCCCAUUACACACGGCAGAAGAGCUGUUUGGGCCUACGCUUCGCUAUGUGUCCUGGCGAUGCGCAUCCGUCGUCGCACCAUCUUCCGCACACACCGCAUUUUCAAUUUGUCGCCCGCUGUGGCAAGAUUGCGACGCCAGGAUCUCACGGACGUUUCCCCUCAUGCUUCUCCUGCUUUGUUCUCACCUCGGGGCUGGGAGGGCACGUGGUCGUGCACGGCCCCCCUCCGGCCCCCCAGGAGGCCCCCCCCCUCGCGGGGCAGGGGCCCAGGCGGCCGCAGGCCUGAGAGUGGCCGCUCCCAAAUGGGAGCAGGCACGGGCAGGUCUGCCCCCGCCCCCUCCUUCCUCCUCCGCCUCCUCCUC